AUGGCCCACACUCCUCUCCUUCUCCUCCUCGCACUCCUCUCUCUCUGCACAGGUUUCGUGAGUUCUGGGCCGACUCAGCCGCCCUCGGCGUCGGUGGCCCCGGGACAAACAGCCACGGUCACCUGCUCCGGUAUUACCAGUGACUAUGGUGCAAACUGGUACCAGCAGAAACCCGGCCGGGCCCCUGUCCUGGUUAUAUACGAUAAUAGCGACCGACUCUCCGGGAUCCCCGACCGGUUCUCCGGCUCCAGCUCCGAGAGCGCGGCCACGCUGACCAUCGCCGGGGCCCAGGCCGAGGACGAGGCCGAUUAUUACUGUCAGGACGCUGGCAGUUAUGUUUUCGGCAGUGGAACGCAACUCACCGUCAUCGGUCAGCCCAAGGCAUCUCCCACCGUGAAUCUGUUCCCUCCAUCUGCCGCUGAGCUGGACUCCAACAAGGCCACCCUGGUGUGCCUCAUGGACAACUUCUACCCCGACACCGUUUCCGUGACCUGGAAGGCGGACGGUGCGACCGUGUCUGAGGGCGUGAAGACCACCAAGCCCUCCAAGCAGACGAACAACAAGUACAUGGCCAGCAGCUACCUGUCCCUUACGUCGGCCCAGUGGAAGGAAAAGAGAAGCUUCACCUGCCAGGUCACCCACGACGGGAAGGUCACCGAGAAGUCCUUGUCCCCAUCGGAGUGCGCUUAGGCAAAUCCCCCCACUGUCCCCCACGCUGUACACCUGUCACUCAGACCCCUCCAGCAGCCUGGCUGACCCCCAUCCCAUUAUCUCUUAGCCUAAGGGAGAUAUCCUCCCUUCGGGCUCCCACCUCUGCACCUUCACUCGGGCUCUGGUUGGCUAGGGCUGGGAAUGGACUUCCUGUCACUGCGGUCUUCCUUUCUGGGGCUGCACGGAAACCCCCUCUUUCAAUAAAAGACUCUUCCCUUUCUCAACCAA